AUCUCUCUCUCUCUCUCUCUCUCUUAAAAAAAAAAAAAGUCUUCUCUCCUUCACAGCUCUCUUCCAGCUUGGAACCUGUGAGGUUUUCCAUUUCUAGGGUUUUCAAAUACCCCAAAUAUUUUCCCAGAAAAACAAAUUUCUUGGAAAAAUAAUAAUUUGAUGUGGGUAUGAGAAAAUUCACAUUAACAUUUUAUCAGGUCAAAGUUUCAAUCUUUACGAAAAUUUGAUUUUGGGUAUUAGUGUUUUCUUCAAAAAAUUUUGAAAAAAAAAAAAGUUUGUGGCCUUGAAGUGUUAGAAAGAAAAAAUGCCAGGGCAUAAGUGGAAAUCUGAAAAGAAUGAGGAAGAAAAGCCUUUAAGGAGAGAUCCUUAUGAGGUGUUAGGUGUUUCCAGGAAUUCAACAGAUCAAGAAAUCAAAAGUUCUUACAGGAAAUUGGCUUUGAAGUAUCAUCCUGACAAGAAUGCAAAUGACCCUAAAGCAGCGGACAUGUUCAAGGAGGUCACCUUUUCAUAUAACAUUUUAUCUGAUCCAGAUAAAAGGCGUCAAUAUGACUCAGCUGGCUUUGAGGCUGUUGAGUCAGAAAGCCAAGAAUUGGAGCUUGAUCUUUCAAGUUUGGGAACUGUGAAUACUAUGUUUGCUGCACUUUUUAGUAAGCUUGGUGUACCAAUAAAAACCACAGUCUCUGCAACUGUUCUAGAGGAAGCCUUAAAUGGUUCAGUACCUAUUCAAUCGCUUUCACUUGGGCAACCUUUAUGUAGGAAGGUAGAAAAGCAAUCUGCUCACUUCUACUCUGUUACAAUAACAGAAAAGGAAGCUAAAGGAGGCCUUGUUUUCCGAGUUCAUUCACGAGAAAAAAGCAAAUUCAAGCUGUUGUACUUUGACCAAGAAGAAAAUGGCGGCCUGAGCCUUGCAUUACAGGAAGAUAGUUCAAAAACCGGGAAAGUCACAUCCGCCGGCAUGUAUUUUCUUGGAUUCCCAGUUUAUCACAUGGAUCAAACCCAGACAUCGGCAUCAGCAGCUGCAAAGGAUCCAGACUCGGCAUUUUUCAAGAAACUAGAUGGAUUUCAACCAUGCGAGAUUACUGAGCUAAAACCUGGCACACAUGUUUUUGCAAUUUAUGGUGACAAUUUUUUUAAAAGUGUGAGCUACACCAUCGAAGUCGUUUGUGCCGCACCUUUUACUGAGGAAAAAGAGAAUCUUAGAGCAGUAGAAGCUCAAAUUUUGUCUAAAAGGGUGGAACUGUCUAAAUUUGAAACAGAAUAUAGGGAGGUUUUAGCACAAUUUACGGAGAUGACAAGUAGAUAUGCACAAGAAAUGCAAGCUAUUGAUGAGCUUCUUAAGCACCGCAAUGAAAUUCAUGCUUCCUAUACAACUCUUCCCGCGAUGAAGCGUAGUAGUAGCAAUCGAAGUAAGAACAAAGGUGGUUCCAAGGAGACCAGGGAAGAUGGCCCGGUAAGAGAAAAGAAGCCUUCAAGAGAUCGGACAAAGAAAAAGAAGUGGUUCAACAUUCCCUUGAAGGUUGACAAAAGGAAGCCUUGUUAGUUGGUUUAUAGAGAAAUGUGGUAGCUGAAUCAGUUGGCGCCGAGGUGCAUUUUCUGUUUGUCCAAGCAAUGAACCUGUUGCAGGACUUCAAGAAUUCUUCGGAGGAAUUCAUCGCAGGAUCUAGGCAUCAACAUUGCCCUGAAAUACUGGUAUUUAAUGGAAUGGUGUUACACGGGAAGCACUCGAAAAAUUCUGUUGUAAAAUUCUUUCCUCUAUAUUCUUUUACCUUUUGAUGUCUUGUCCGUCCCCAGCACUCACAUGUAAAUUGCAUUAUUCAAUGACAAGUCUUUCUUGAAUGU